UUGGCCGCCGCUAUGUCAUGGAGCUCUCUGAUUGGCCGAGGCGUUUGUUUUGGUGUGACGUCAUCGGAAGAGGCUUGACCAUCAUUAUUCCUCGCCUCGCCGGGAAAUUCUUUGGACACAGAUGGCUUCCGACAGUGACGUUGAGGCCUACUUGAAUCAGCUGAGCAAGAAGACCUAUCGCCUCAAGCAGGACAGCCGGCCAUGGGAGGAAUCACUCUCCUCCCCCUCGGACACAGGCAGGCCUCCCCCUGACGACCUGAGUGUGUCCAGUGACCCGUCCUUCAGGGGGGAGUACAGGGAUGCCAAGACAAAGAAGAGGACAGGAGCAUCAGUAACAACAGGAGCGGGAGCCAUCUCGGACAUCACAGCGCUCAGUGACAAAUACGGCUUCAGCAACAAAGGUAAAAAGUCUGACGGUAAAGAUAGGUUUAGUAAGCUGGAGGAGAAAUAUUUAAAAAAGCCGAGUGUUAAUGCUGCCCCUAAAACCCUUGAUGUUUCGAAGCAAGAAAAGCAAAGAAGAAACUCCGCUCUAUCACAAACAGGAAAAGACGCACCACCUGCAGACGCUAAAAACACUAAGGGAGAUGUCCGCUUUGCCUCUAAGGAAAAGAAAACGCACUAUCAAGAUUCCUCCGAGGAUAGUGACAGUGAUGGAAACUUGGCUGCGUAUCUGAACGAGGUGACGCUGGAGAGUGAAAAGAAUGACAGCAACAAAGAGAGUGACAAAGGUGAUAACAGUGAGUACUCCGAUAGCUUGGGCGAAGUGCUGAACCUGAGGAAUGUGAUCAACGUCGAGGAUGUCUUAGGCGAGGAGUCUUACAGCGGCGACUCCGAAAAUUUGGCUCCACCUCAGCAUUAUCCUGAAAGCAAACUCAGUCAAACGAAAAAUUAUCCCCAACCAGAUGACCAAUUUACCUCGGAUUCAAAGAGAAGUCCACUUAAACCAAAAGAAGAGCAAAGAGAACCAGUAACAUCAGCAAAUCUUCUCUUGGCCUCAAAGUCAAACAUAUUUCACUCAAGCAGACUGAAAAAGGAGGAAGAGGAGGAGGAGGAGGAGGAGGAGGAAGACGAAGAGCACCAUCCACCAAUCAGAUUACUCUUAGCCCAAACUGGGGGAGACGUUUUCCAUUCCACGCGCAGAAAAUCCUCCAUCGAGUUUAAGAUAAGCGAAAAUAUGAUAAAACCUCAAUCCUCCAAGCCACCAAAAGGGACGAAGGGAAGGCGCAAGUCAUACCAGGAGGACAGCAUCGCCACAGCAUCCCAGAGUCACAUAUCUGAACAGGUCCCAAGCAGUGGUCAGAGUAGGGAGAACAUGGCCUCAAGUGUCGCUUCUGAGGAGAUGGAAGAACCCUCGAUAGCGUCCGAACUUGUAGAGAAUGAAGACUCACAUAUCACCUCCUCAGCUGAUAGUGUGAGAAGUGAAGGCAAGAAGGCACCUCAUAACCCUCCAUCUGUUACUUCUCAAAUUAGACGUGACUCGGAUGUGUCCGUGAGGAAAAAGGCUGAUAAGAAAGACAGCAGAAAGUCUCCUCCAUCCACAAAAGGUCACAGAGAAGAGGUUGCUAUGUCCGGUAAAGAUCAGGAUUCCGGGCAUGAAAGUAACAAGAGAGAUGAGAAGGAGGAGAGGAGAGAACGCACGCCAACACAGGAAAGGCGGAGAGAUAAAAGUAAGAAGAGGAAGGGUAAAAAGAAACGUAGAUCGCCCUCCACAUCAUCGUCCUCUUCCUCCUCCUCGUCAUCAUCAUCAUCGUCAUCAUCAUCUUACCGAGCUUCCAAGUCAGUCCGCCACAAGUCUCGCUCUCACAGAAAGUCCAGAAGAGCACCACGCAGUCAUUGGGGUGAGCCUCCCUCGGCGUGGCCCAGUUUCUGCCCAUGCUGCCGUCUCCAUGCUGGCCCCCCUGCUGCUUUCACUGCCCACACACUGCCGGCAUUCACAGGCGUCGGCUCAGCAUUGUCUGGCGGGGUGCUGGGCCUGGAGGAUGUCAUGCAGCAGCAGGUGGCCCUCGUCAGGCAGUUCCUGGACAGCCAGCAGUUGAUGCACCAGGCCUACACCUCCACCCUCAUCUCCUCCCACCGCUACACCUCCCUAAGACGCACAGAGAAGUACAUGAGGAGGAAAAAGCCACCCCUCACCUUCCCGGAGGCCUACAGGCUGGUCAAGGAAGAGAUGGAGGCUUCGGAGAGAUGACGUAUUGUGUGUUGAGUAGAAUUUCUUAACCCAGGGUGGAAGCGAUCUCAAGGGGUGCUGAAAAUCAAUUGUAGGGAGUUCAAGGCAAAGACUUCUGUCCUGUGCAGUCUGAUAUGUUUGGUAACUGUGGAGGGUUUGUGUUCUUGAAAUCAGAUGUAAAGAUGUGCUUGACUGCCUGAAUAAGUAGUGCUGAGUUUAGAAAAGGUUAAGAAACGUUGAUACAGAGCAUGUUCAUAAGUUUAUACACACUUUACCAAUUAUAGUACUUGUAUCAGUAAAAAAGUUACUGUGGAAAACUAAAAUGAGGUAUGAAGAUAACUUAUGAAAAUAUAAAGAUUAAUGAACUUUUUUUUCUACUUCAACAAUGUUUAAUUUUUAUGCCACAGUUGAAUUUUCAAAAACAGUCUUUCUCCUCACAUAAGCAAAAAUUGGACUAUUGUAUAUGAAUUGGCAGUUUUAUCAUCUGUUGAAGCUGGAUAUCAAAGGACUGUUGUGAUGUAGGAAUGAAAAAUGGGUCAGCAGCGUGGGAGAGAGAUAGGACGAAGGAAGGAAGGAUGGAAGGGAUGAAGAGGCGGUAAAGAUAGGGGAAGGCAGAAAGGUAAGAUAAAACAAUAUAGACACUGAAGUAAAGAUAACAUGUAAAAGUGUACCGGACAAGUACCAGAGAAGUAUACCAGAGGAUGAAGAAAUGGGAGAAUAGGUGGUAAAUAUAGAGGAAGGAAGAAGAAGGGGAAGAUUAGAACAUUAUAGACAUGAAAGUAAAGACAACAAUGUGAAUGUGUACCAGAGAAGUUGAAAGACAGGUAAAGGUAUAGAGCCCCUGAAAACGAACAGUACUGAAGGUGCCAUUGCUUUCAAGGGUGAGGGAACAAAAGCUUGAUUCACUGUAUGCCUCAUGUAUCUACUCAUGUAUUAUUUAUUUUACAUUCAAUCUCUCCAUUCAUGUAUUCAUUAACUCGGUAGCAGCGACGGGCCAAUUUGUGGCUUUACCGUGUAGCAGCGACGGGCCAAAUUUGUGCCAUGAUAUAAACCCCCCAAAAUAGAUGAUGCAUAAACUGAUCACAAAUGCUUUGAUAUAUAUUAUGAAAUGGUUUGUGUGAGUGAUGAUUUUUCUCAUUUUUCUCGCUUAGAGGGACCAUUAAGAAACAUGAUCCCCACUGUUACCGGGUUAAGCAUUUAUUUAUCCAUUGGUGUUUAUUUUAUGGGGUUCAUUUAUAAUUCUUAUAUCCCAGGGCUGUGGGGAUAGAGUCCAUCCAUUAGAUUAUCCAGAAAUCCUGAAAAGUGUACUUGAUAAAUCAUUAAAAAGAAAUAUUUUUCCACAUUUU